AACCAUGUCAGUUGAUUCUGCGUGAGAGGAUGGAAUCUGCCACAGGACUUCCAAAGGGAUGAAUUGCACUCGUCGUGAACUUGCGCAGUGUCCACUCGAGUAUUAUCAUCCGUUGCGCAUCAGACCUUUCCACUUCAUCCUUCCAUCUGCUUGUCAUUGGUCUCCUAGCCGCGGGAGGUGAUGUUGCACUUCCAGUUUUCGCCGCUGUCAAUGCUGCAUUGGGGUUGUUCCCUCCUUACGAUUUCCCACUGGUGCCACACACCUGAUCCUCAGCGAGAUGAAAUCCAGGGAAAUAAGGUGGAAUGGGAGAGUUUUGGAAAAUAUAUCGCUGAUGCUAUGGUCGAUGUGGUUGCAGGCAUCGAUGUGUACAAUGCGUCUAACGAAGAGGUUAAGCCGUGGAUGGAAAGUGUCACGAAGCUAAGCGAUGACGCGCAGCAAUGUAUUCAAAUCGAAAUCGAUCGAUUGCACGGAAAGAUGGAAAGACAGUCAGGCACCCGCAACCCCCUCCCCCGCACGAAGAACCCCAGCAGGAUCGAUGAUUCAAGGGAAGAUUUUAGUGCGGCCUCGACAUUCUUCAAGCUGCGGACAAGUUUGACGGUUGGUGCAAUAGCAAACAAUCAAAAUCGGUUAAUUCGUGGAGUCGUGAAUUCUUCUGUUCUGAAUGGACCCAGGACCGGUCGGAUCGAGUAUAUUAUGGCCAGGUGUCGUAACACGGGGGAUAGCGAGAAUUGCGUAUCACUGCAGAGCGCCGUGGCCGGCGUCGACAAGACAUCUAUUGCGCUCUCAAUUGCAGAGUGCGAAAGAAAUCGUUUUCAGAGCGGCGACUUUUCAGAAGAAUCCAGCUCUCUUGCCGGCCCUGUUCGCGAAGCAAUUCCAUGGCUGGACCUCUCCGUCUCGCGAUACUACCGUCUGCCUAUGGUGGUCAUCAUCGAUGUGUUAGGUGAAUGCGACACAGAAGCUUUCCCGCAUGUUGCCGAUAUACUUCGAAAAAAAGUGCCAAGAUUACCCCCUAACAUCAAACUUCUUUGUCACUUUGAGACAGUUCGACCUCGUUGACCGUUUAUAUCACCUAGUUACCCUAUUGAUCGCCUCACUAUCGAUCUUUC